AUGAACAAUGACGUGGCAUAUGCUAACGUGCAUCGGAAGUAAAUGACGGGGGCUGGCCGAUAAAGCUUCACAAUAUUUUAUGUGGCCUAAUAUUCAUGAUUCUUCACAUAUAUUAUUAACACAAAGACAGAUAAACAGCGUUAACGUCAGUGUUUCACAAUGAGGCGCGCUAACUUGGGUGAAGCAGCAUCUGGGAACUAUGUUGCAAGUGGAUACAGUGUGUACGAAGAGGAAAAUGAACAUUUACAGGAGGGACUGAGAGCCAAAGUCAGCGCUUUAAAAAGUUUGUCUAUCGAUAUAGGAACGGAAGUGAAGUACCAAAAUAAAAUGCUGGAUGAGAUGGACAGCGACUUCGAUUCAACAGGCGGUCUUCUCGGCGCCACCAUCGGCAGAGUCAAAAAGCUUUCUAGAGGCAGUCAAACCAAACUACUGUGCUACAUGUUGCUCUUCUGCCUUUUUGUCUUCUUCGUACUCUACUGGUUCAUCAAGUUGAGGUGACGGCUACCUCUUUUUGGACUCUGAAUGUCCCAUCACACACCUCGGAAUGGCUUAAGUUCAUUAAAAAAAAAAAAAAAAAAAGCCCAAAGCUGACUUGCGAACGGUUAUAUUGUCCUGUGAAUAAUAAAUCCCUUAAUGUACAGAGCUAAUUUAGGAAAAUUACAUUUACAUGGAUGGAAGAGAUGAGAAAUUCCACCGUUGACAAUUUGAGAAACGAGUGUGUACUGUAAUCAGUUUAUAAUGUCAUCUUCAUAACGCUGGGAGUAAAUAAGUUACACAAUUCUCUCUGAGAGAUAUCAGACUACGAAAUGUAUUUUCAAUGUAAAUAGAUCUUUUUAACCAAUAAACAUUUACCAGGUGGUUCCUUCAAUUAAAA